CUCUCCAUCCCACUCGCUAUAUCGAUUCACUGUGCCUCGUUUUUGUUUUUGAUCCUAUUUCCGAUCCACCAUUGAUCAUAAACAUCUUGGUCCAUCACGCAGCCGACUUCCCCCUUAGACCGUACCGUAACCGAGCGAACCGGCGCAUCUCCCGAACCUCCCAGCCCGCCCUUCGCACUUUCCAUCAAUCGAAACCAUGGUCUCCGACGAGACAUACGAGAUUUGCUUGCCCGUUCUCCAGGACUCUUCUAUCGAAGACGAAGACAAGACGGACAAACUCGAAGAGCUCCUCAAAGAAAAGACAAACCUGACCGGGCAGGCCCUGGAGAAUGCCGUAUUAGAUGCAUUAUGGAGAUACCGAGAAGGAGGGAGGAGCGCGACGUCGCCGCCACCAAUACGGCAGAGUAUCCUGCGACGCCCGUCACCGGCAUCCUGGCGCGGUUCUGGGACCCCGCUCUCGAGUUCGCCGCGGCUGGGUGUUAGCCCACUUGCCCCGCCAGGCUUCCUGCAUACACCACUGAAUCGGACAAAGUCGUCGACUGCGUCCCCGUUUGGAUCUCCGCGACCGUCUCCGAGGCUGACGUUUGCUGCUCCCGUGCCUCACAGCCCGAGCCUGAACGCCUACCAGUUUGCCCAGGACGACACGCCGUCACAGGAGGUGUUUGGCGAGUAUCAGUCGGACAACGUGGACUGGCUAGUGAGCGACGAUGCAGUCAGCGUUACGUCUUCGGUUGGUGGUUCCAAUGGUCUGAACGUCAGCGCGCCUGAAUUUGUUUCCACCCAGCAGCAGCAGACAGACAUGACACCUUACGAUAUGCUGCGGUCAAUCCUCGGGCAGUCCAAGUCGGAUGAGGAGAUUAGCGCUUCUCUCGCCAUGCAUGGCUACGACCUGGGUGCUACUGUUGCGGCCAUCAUGGAGAAUCAGGUUCAGGACAAUCUUGCGUCAGCUGCAAAGGCUGAAGAAAACCGAGUGGUUAUCGGGAAAGCAAUGAAUUCCGAUGGACGCCCGGGUACCCCGGCGGAACAACAGAAGUCGGGUGUCAUCUGCAAAUUCUACCUUUCCACAGGCCAGUGCCUGCGUGCCGAUUGCCGGUUCAGCCACGACCUGAGCAGUCACAUCUGCAAGUAUUGGGUUGCGGGCAACUGCCUCGCCGGCAAUACCUGUAUUUUCUCGCACGAUCCGGCACACCUCGUCAACCGCCUGCAUAUCGAUGGCGCCGGCACACCGCCAGCGCAACAUGCAACCGUUAAUCUACAGGACUACAGCAACUUUCCAGCGCUGCAACCAGGCACGCCAGAGCAACUCUUUGCGACUACGGCCAACUACCCCACACUGGGGGUCACUCCUCCACCGGGAUUCAAGACGCAUCAUACCUACCCCGACCGUCCCCGGUCUCGGCCGGGAAGUCGGCAUCAACAGAAAGACAAUACACAGUCCGCCCCGUCGCCAGAUGACGCGGAUGCGUUUCCGUCUCUCGGCGCAGCUGUCGCCAAACAGGGCAAGAAGCAUCACGGCAAGAGGGGCGGACAUGGUCACGGGUCGAAAGAGAAUUCGGGGCCCAGCACGCUGGCGGAUAUUGUGAAGAUGUCGCCGUCGCCAGCACCGGCCACGCCGAACCGCAGGGCUCCGCGUAACGGCAGCUCAGCCAACGUCCGUAACGGGGAGAACAGCGCGGCAGCGCAGGCGAUCCCGACCCCGAAGCAUAUCCCCUGGCUGGAGACGGGCGAGAGGGCCAACAAGGCAUAUCUCAAGGCACGGCAGGAGGCCAUCAAGCACGGUGGCCUCCGCAACAAGUUCCUCCAAAGUGCUGCACAAGCGUGGAAUCGCAACGACGCGCGGGCUGCCAAGGCGCUCAGCCUGCGGGGGCAGAGCGAGAACGACCUGAUGCGGAAAGCGCACCGCGAGGCGGCGCAGCAACUGUACGAAGAUCGCAACAAGGACAGGGCCAGCUGCCCGGAGAUCUACGUGGACCUCCACGGGCUGCACCCCGAGGAGGCGGUCGAGUACCUCGAGGGCAUCCUGAUGGAGAACGUGAACGAGAGCAGGCCGAUCUACGCCAUCACGGGCACGGGUCACCACAGCAAGAACGGUAAAGACAAGGUCGGCAAGGCGGUCCGGAACUUCCUCAACGAGUGGCGGUACGCGUACCGCGAGUUCUCGGUGCCCGGCGACCGCAACAGCACGGGGGGCAUCCUGGGUAUCGACGCGCGCAGCUGGGACCGCUCGCUGUCGCAAGACGGCAAGACACUGACGAGGAAGGAAGAGAGCAAAGAGGAGGUGGAUAUCCUGUCCCAGGGUGUCGAAAUCGGCGAGGGCAAGGUUAAGCUGCUGGUUAGGGACACGUCGGUGGGUAAGGAGCCGCCCAAGGGGCCGUCGGGGGGGAAGAGCAGGUGACAUGCAGGGAAGAUGGCGGGCUUUUUGGUCGUUGCUUGCUUCCUCCUCGGAGGAAUCGUCUCUGAGAGAAGUCAAGGUAACUUCAACUAUGAGAGAAGUGGAGUACGUCAAGUCGAAAUUUGACCUCUCAAUGCAGUGUCGUGUACUCGUACUCCGUAGUGUAC